AUGCCCAGGAGGAGUAUCAUCAGUGAGGAGCUGAGAAUGUCAGCCCCAAUAAGAGGUCUGCAGGAAGUGCUCCUUGUGGUGUUCCUCAUCAUGUACCUCAGCAAUCUAAUGGGAAAUGUGGGAAUGAUCCUCUUAAUCAACUGCAAACCCAGGCUGCACACCCCCAUGUACUUCUUCCUAAGCCACCUUUCCCUCCUGGACAUCAGCUUCUCCAGCAUCACCCCAAAGUUCUUCCUUAGUGUCCUGACAGGGAGCAGAACCAUCUCCUAGGGUUGUCUCACUUAGUUUUACUUCUACGUCAUGUUUGGCACAGCAGAAGCCUUCCUCCUGGCUGCCAUGGCAUAUGACCGCUAUGUGGUCACCUGCAACCCAUUCCAGUACACAUUGGUGAUGUCCCAGGGAUUGUGCCUGUGCCUGGUGGCCAGCUGCUAUGCUGCAGGGGACUUCAACUCCACUGUGCACACAGUAGCCAUGCUUCACCUCUCCUUCUGUGCCUCCCACCACCUGGACCACUUCUACCAUGAAUGGCCACUGCUCUUUGUCCUCUCAUGCUCUGACACCAGCAUCAGUAAUGUCCUGAUGCUCAUCUUUGUCAGCUACGUGGAGGGCACGGCUACCAGCACGGCUAACCUGCUGUCCUAUGGCCUCAUUCUGGCUGUCGUGCUGCAGACCCGCUCCCCCAGGACCUGGCAUAAGGCCUUCUGCACCUGCACCUCCCACCUCUCAGUCACUCUCCUCUUCUACGGGGCUAUCACCUUCAUGUACAUGCGGCCUGGAGCCAGGAGAUCAAUCAAGCUGGACAAAGUGGCUUCCAUCUUCUACACUGCAGUCACCCCCAUGCUCAACUCCUUUGUCUACAGCCUAAGGAACAAAGAGGUGAGGGCUGCCUGA